AGCUUCACCGUGUGGCGCGCUCCCUGCGUACUUCGCUCUGGACCGUAGAUUCUUCUUCUACUACUCCAGGAUACCACGAAGAAGAAGCGUCUCGCAGGGCGUGGUGGGAUAGCAGUCUGCUCGCUGGAGGACCGAACAGAGCCCCAGCUGGCAGCUAGGAGAAGAUGGCUGCUGCUGCUGCUGCUACAUGGGGGAUUCUCAGGCCACUGUCUGAAAACACAGCCAUGUUUAGCGACCACUAAGCCCGGUCACCCCCAGGUAGUUCCGUCGGUUGGGGAUAACCGAACAUGGGGUCUCAGACUCUGCAGAUCCUGAGGCAGGGGGUCUGGGCUUCAGUCACCGGAGGAUGGUACUACGACCCCGACCAAAACACCUUCGUCAACGCGUUACAUCUGUACGUCUGGCUGUUCCUGCUGUGCUUCCCCUUCACCCUCUACAUGGCGCUGAAACCCACCAUGGUGAUCGUGGGAAUCUACUGCGGAGUCAUCGCUGCCAUGUUCCUGCUGCUGAAGACGGUGAACUUCCGCCUCCACCAUGCCCUGGAUGAGGGGGAGGUGGUGGAGCACCAGGCCAAGGAGAGCCAGGGCAGCAGAGGAGGCACGGAGGGGGCCAACGACGGAGGAGUCACCCGCCGAGAGGACAGCAACGGCCCGGGGGACCCUGGAGGGGGCAUUGAGAUGUCAGACUUCAUCAGGCAGGAGACUCCCCCUGUGGACUGCAGCUCCAGGAACUCCUACAUCGGGCUGGAGUCCAACCAGCAGAUUGCUUCCACUCAUGGGAGAGCAGCAGUAGCCAAAGGAGAUGUGGGGAAGACUUCAGAUGAAAUCAGUCUGACUCUUGUGGAGAGCUGCAGCCACGACCACGACCUCCUCUCGGACACUAAGAUGUACUGCCUUGUCGCCAACGACUCCUUCGCCUCCCUGCAGCCCUCCACCUCCCUCUGUCCCUCAGAGCUGUCCCGGGAAGCUGCUGACCUCUGCUCCUCUGCUGCUUAUCACUUCAGCCUGUCCCACUCCUCCUGUGACGCCGAGCCCCCCUCCCACGCCUCGCUGCAGUCUCAGAGCUACAGGAAGGAGCUCCGGUCCCGGGGGCUCCCUCGGACCUCCAGCUCCGCGGGCUCUGCCUUCCCCGACCCCUGUCUGCCAGACUUUGCCCUGUACCCUCCGCCCAGGAGGGGGGGCCUGGACCCUGUGUGUGAGCUUGAGGCAGCCAGGACUCACAGGCCGGGGGUGUGUGUGAGGGAGGGGGGGGAGCGGCUGUACCAGCAGGACCAGGCUGUGGCCUCCACCUCUGGGGUGGAAUGUUACAGACACAAAGAGCCCCGCAGGGUGGCCCGCUCCGCCUCCAGAGAGGCGGGGGAGGGCAGCUCUGGGCUGUACCAGGUGGAGGUGGGAGGGGGUGUGAAGGGCUCAGGUGGGGGAGGGAAGUCGCAGCGGGGGGAGCGCAGCGCCGAGAGCCUGAGGAGCCUCAGCACCCGCAGCAGCGGCUCCACUGAGAGCUACUGCAGCGGCACGGACCGGGAUACCAACAGCACCGUCAGCAGCUUCCACAGCGAGCAGACCAGCUCCACCCAUGUGGAGAGCCUGCUGUCGCUGUCGGGGGACGAGCGGCACGGGACCGGGCAGAGGCGGGGUCUGCCCCCGUCAGGCGGCCGGACCUCCAGCCUCUGCAGCAUCAGCUCCAGAGCUCUCAGCACCGUCCCCUCCAGAGAGGCCAACAAGAACCCCCACGCCAACGAGCUGAUGGCCAAACCGCCCGCCGACACCCCGCCCGCUGCAGCCCAGGAGCCGCUGGAGGAGCCCGGCAUCAGGACCAGCGCUGACGGGUCCACGGGAGCAGCUGCUGACCCGGAGCAGCUGAAGGAGCCUCAGGCGGCCGGCCCGGUCCAGAGGACCUCCUCCCUCUCCACCGGGCGCAGUGGGCGCCGGCGGACGGGGAAGAAGAGAGCGAGCAGCUUCGAUGCCAGCCGGCACCGGGACUACAUGUCCCUGCGUGGGGGGGCUAAGCCUUGUAGUGCUGUGUUUCCUGCCGGGGGGGACGAGGACUCGGAUCAGAGUGAGCUCAGCUGUGCCUCCAGCCUGCGCUCCACCCACCUGAGCACGGACAGCUCCUCCAGCACAUCCCACUCCUGCCACUCCCCCGAGGGCUGCUACCGGGCCCUGAGGGCUAAGCACCAUGCCUCCUCCAGAGUAAAGUCUGCAGCGGGGGCCGAGGCAGGAAUUCGGCCCGAAGGAAGGCGCCGGACCUCCCGCCGGACCCCCAGCACGGGCAGCGCCAAAACCCACGCCCGGGUGCUGAGUCUGGACAGCGGUACGGCCGCCUGCCUUAAUGACCCCGUCCGCCUCGGAGCUCCGGCGGGGCCCCGGCCCCUCACCACCUCCAAGUCAGACCUGGAAGCCAAAGAAGGGGAAGUCCUGGACGCGGCCUCCCUGCUGGGCCGGGCCUCCCAGCUGGAGUCAGUGACCCGGUCCAGGAACAGUCUGCCCAAUCAGGCGGCCUUCUCUGAGCCUCAGGAUGCUGCUGCUGCUGCUGCCCUACGGGCCCCUGGCAGCGAGGAGACGGUCAUAUUUCGGCGUGAGCGUAGCACGUUUCGUCGGCAGGCUGUGCGGCGGCGACACAACGCGGGAAGUAACCCCACCCCCCCCUCUUCGCUCAUUGGAUCUCCUCUCAGUCUUCAGGAGGCUCUCAGCCAGGCCUCGCAGCCCUCCUCCUCCUCUUCCUCCCAGGUGAAGAGUCAGCCCUCCAGAACCCCCUCCCAGGUGACCGUGCUCAGCGCAAGCGCCUCCCUGCUGGCCAGGACCGGAAGCACACACCUGGAGGGCUCUCAGGACAAAGCCUCCAGCGGGGGGGCCUCCAGCCUGCAGGAAGACUUCGGAAAGCUGACGCCCUCGCCGUACGAGGCCGGCGGCUGCGACAUGUCGCUGGUUAACUUUGAACCUGCAACCAGACGAGCCUCCAAUAACAUAUGGGACACCGACUCCCACCUCUCCAGCUCUACCUCAGUGCGCUUCUACCCCCAUGACCUGAUCCGUCUGAACCGGCUCCUGACGAUGGACCCGGAGCUGCUGGAGCAGCAGGACGGGGACCUGAGCCCCGAGCUGCAGGACGCCCCGCUGGGCCCCGAGGACCCCGCCGCCCCCCCCACAGGCAAGGCCCGGCAGUACUACCGUCUGUGGCUGCUGCCCUUCCUCUGGGUCGGCCUGCACUUCGACAGACUCACCCUGCUGGCUCUGUUCGACAGGAACCGGGAGGUUCUGGAGAACGUUCUGGCCGUGGUGCUGGCCGUCCUCGUUGCCUUCCUGGGCUCCGUGCUGCUCGUCCACGGCUUCUUCACCGACAUCUGGGUCUUUCAGUUCUGCCUCGUCAUCGCCAGCUGCCAGUAUUCAUUACUGAAGAGUGUUCAACCAGACUCCUCUUCCCCUCGACAUGGCCAUAACCGCAUCAUCGCGUACAGCCGGCCGGUCUACUUCUGCCUGUGCUGCGGCCUCAUCUGGCUCUUCCACUACGGCAGCCUGAGGACGGCCUCCCGCUUCACGCUGUACGGCGUGGUGCUCACCAACUCCCUCAUCCUCGCCUCCGCCAGGGACCUCGUCAUCGUGUUCACUCUGUGCUUCCCCAUCAUCUUCUUCGUGGGGCUGCUGCCACAAGUCAACACCUUCGUCAUGUACAUCUUCGAGCAGCUGGACAUCCACGUGUUCGGGGGCAACGCCUCCACCAGCCUGCUGUCGGCUCUGUACAGCUUCCUGCGCAGCGUCGUCACCGUGGCUCUGCUCUACGGCUUCUGCUACGGCGCUCUAAAGGAGUCCUGGGAGCCGCACCACAUCCCCGUGUUGUUCUCCGUGUUCUGCGGCCUCCUCGUCGCCCUGUCCUACCACCUGAGCCGGCAGAGUGGAGACCCUUCUGUCCUCAUCUCGCUGAUUCAGUCCAAGAUUGUGCCCAAUAUAAAAGACAAGAACCCCGAGGACCCUCUGUCGGAAGUCCAGGACCCUCUGCCCGAGAAGCUCCGGGCCUCCGUGAACGAGCGCCUGCAGUCGGACCUGAUCGUGUGUGUGGUCAUCGCUGUGCUUUACUUCGCCAUCCACGUCAGCACCGUCUUUAUUGCACUGCAGCCCUUCCUCAGCUACGUGCUGUACUCCCUGCUGGCGGCGGUCGGGCUGCUCACUCACUACCUGCUGCCUCAGGUCCGGAAGCAGCUGCCCUGGUACUGCUUCUCUCACCCGCUGCUCAAAACCAAGGAGUACUACCAGUUCGAAGUCAGGGACGCGGCUCACGUGAUGUGGUUUGAGAAGCUGCACGUGUGGCUGCUGUUCGUGGAGAAGAACGUCCUGUACCCCCUCGUCAUCCUCAACGAGCUGAGCCGCAGCGCCAGAGAGCUCGCCAGCCCCAAGAAGCUGGACACGGAGAUGGGGGCUCUGAUGAUCACGGUGGCCGGGCUGAAGCUGCUGCGCUCCUCCUACAGCAGCCCCACCUACCAGUACAUCACCAUCCUCUUCACCGUGCUCUUCUUCACCUUCGACUGCCGCCACCUGUCCGAGACGCUGCUGCUGGACCUCUUCGUCAUGUCCAUCGUCUUCAGCAAGAUGUGGGAGCUGUUCUACAAGCUGCACUUUGUCUACACCUACAUCGCCCCCUGGCAGAUCACAUGGGGCUCAGCCUUCCACGCCUUCGCUCAGCCCUUCGCUGUGCCUCACUCUGCCAUGCUGUUUGUGCAGGCCGUGGUCUCUGCAGUGUUCUCCACCCCCCUCAACCCGUUCCUGGGCAGCGCCAUCUUCAUCACCUCCUACGUCCGGCCCGUCAAGUUCUGGGAGAGAGACUACAACACGAAGAGAGUGGAUCACUCCAACACUCGCCUCGCCUCACAGCUGGACAGGAACCCAGGCUCGGACGACAACAACCUGAACUCGAUCUUCUACGAGCACCUGACGCGCUCGCUGCAGCACAGCCUGUGUGGGGACCUGCUGCUGGGCCGCUGGGGGAACUUCAGCACCGGGGACUGCUUCAUCCUGGCCUCCGACUACCUGAACGCUCUGGUGCACCUCAUCGAGAUCGGCAACGGCCUCGUCACCUUCCAGCUGCGGGGGCUGGAGUUCAGAGGAACGUACUGCCAGCAGCGGGAGGUGGAGGCCAUCACCGAGGGGGUGGAGGAGGAUGAGGGCUGCUGCUGCUGCGAGCCGGGUCACCUCCCCCACCUCCUCUCCUUCAACGCCGCCUUCGGCCAGCGCUGGCUGUCCUGGGAGGUCCUCGUCACCAAGUACGUGCUGGAGGGCUACAGCAUCACGGACAACAGCGCCGCCUCCAUGCUGCAGGUGUUCGACCUGCGCCGCAUCCUCACCACCUACUACGUCAAGGGGAUCAUCUACUACGUGAUCGCCUCCCCCAAGCUGGAAGAGUGGCUGGCCAACGAGACGAUGAGGGACGGGCUGCGGGGGUGCGGAGAGAGGAACUACGUGGACCUGGACCCCACCUUCAACCCUAACAUCGACGAGGACUACGACCACCGGCUGGCGGGCAUCUCCAGGGACAGCUUCUGCGGGGUCUACCUGGGCUGGAUCCAGUACUGCAACUCCCGCAGGACCCCGCCGCUGGACUGCGACAAGGACUCGGCUCUGGUGAUGCUCUGCUUCGGCCUCUGUGUGCUCGGGAGGAGAGCUCUGGGAACAGCUGCUCAUCACAUGUCCAGCAACCUGGAGUCCUUCCUGUACGGGCUCCACGCCUUGUUCAAAGGAGACUUCCGGAUCUCCUCGGUGAGAGACGAGUGGAUCUUCGCCGACAUGGAGCUGCUCAGGAAGGUGGUGGUGCCGGGGAUCCGCAUGUCCCUCAAACUGCACCAGGACCACUUCACGUCCCCGGAUGAGUACGACGAGCCGGCGGUUCUCUUCGAGGCGAUCUCGUCUCAUCAGCAGAACCUGGUGAUUGCUCAUGAGGGCGACCCAGCCUGGAGGAGCGCCGUCCUCUCCAACUCGCCGUCGCUGCUGGCGCUCAGACAUGUCCUGGACGAGGGGACCAAUGAGUACAAGAUCAUCAUGCUGAACCGCCGCUACCUCAGCUUCAGGGUCAUCAAGGUGAACAAGGAGUGUGUGCGGGGGCUGUGGGCGGGCCAGCAGCAGGAGCUGGUGUUUCUCAGGAACAGGAACCCGGAGCGCGGCAGCAUCCAGAACGCCAAGCAGGCUCUGAGGAACAUGAUCAACUCGUCCUGCGACCAGCCCAUCGGAUACCCCAUCUACGUGUCCCCCCUCACCACCUCCUACUGCAACACACACCCCCAGCUGGGACACAUCCUGGGGGGGCCCAUCAGCAUCGGGAACAUCAGAAACUUUGUUGUGAACACUUGGCACAGGUUGCGUAAGGGCUGCGGUGCCGGCUGCAACAGUGGAGGGAACAUCGAGGACUCGGAUGCGGGGGGGAUGUCUUGUGGCAGUGGGAACGGGACAGGAGGCGACUCUCAGCAGAGCUCAGUGUCUCAGGGCGGGAACUCCGGACCGGCCCCCUCCCACACCUACCAGCCCCACACUCUGGGCACCAGUCAGAGCUCCCAGUCGGUGCAGUCGGGGGGGCUGGUGCGCCACUCUCCCGCCCGAGCGUCGGUGGCGAGCCAGUCGUCGUCGUACCGCUACAGCAGCAGCCGCCACUCGUCGCUGCGCACCUCCAGCACGGGGCUGGAGCCGUGCCGCCGCUCCUCCACCUCCCAGCUGUCGCUGCGCACCCUCCCCACCUCGCUUCAGCUACGCUUGGGCUCCACCUCCGACCCCGCCGGCCCCUCCGCCUCCCUCUCCAGCCACAGCAUCCCGCCCUGCAAGCGCCACACGCUGGUGGGGCUGCUGGGUAACGACGGCAUGUGCUGCACCCUGACCGACCCCCUCAGCCAGCAGCACCACCACUACCACCACCACCCGCUGCAGCACAACCCCACCGUCUGCACUGUGCGCCGAGACGACAUCUCCUACAGAGUUCAGGUGGCAGACGUGGGUCAGGUUCUGGAGAACAUCAACCUGUCCAAGAGGAAGGAGCUGCAGUGGCCCGACGAGACCAUGAGACUGAGAGCAGGACGGACCUGCUGGAGGGACUGGAGCCCCUCAGAGGGGAUGGAGGGACAUGUGAUUCACCGGUGGGUGCCUUGUAGCCGAGACCCGGCCCAUCGCUCCCAUAUCGACAAGACCAUCCUGCUGGUUCAGGUGGACGAUAAGCUAGUGCCCAUUUUGGAGUCUGGGGUCAUUGAGUUGGGUGCAGAGGUCUGAGACAAGCACACAUACACACACACACACACACACACACUCGUACCUGUGUGUGAAGGAGAUUCUGCAGACCGACAGGAAACAGGAGCUGUCCCCUCUCCCUCGUUUCUUAUAUCGCUGAGGGGGAAAGGAAGCCAGGGAACAGUGCAAGCCGAGGCAGAGCGUCGACCCAUCCCCCCCGCACCCUCACAGAAUCUGCCUUGCUGCAUGACAGAAACACCCCCCCCCCCACGUUCAGUUACUCUAGUGAUUACUUUCUAUGCAUUUCAUCCCACAUGUUCCUGGCAGUUCUGACAGAGAUGAGUGUACCUUUGUUUUGUUCGUCUGAUUUGCCAAAUGAAGCCUGGCGUUGAGUAUCCGCCGCGGUUUCAAACUUUAAUUAUUAUGAGUCCUCGCUGCCAAGACUCCAGAGGAAGCUCCCCCGUCUCGUUGCCGUCAUUCCUUUGGAUUUAAAAACAUUUUUUGCAAGAUGAUUUUUUGCGCAGAGAGAAAACGACCUUGCACUAUAAUUAGUUUUUUAAUUUACAGCGAUGCACUACACUCACGUUUUAUUUAUUACAGACUCUGGAUGGCCGUGGUGACCGAUGCCUUGGGAGUGAGAAACAAAUGCAAUCAUUGUUCUGUUUUCAGCCAUUUUUUUCUUACUAUUUUAUGUUUGAUAAACUUGAAAAUAACUUUUUACUGUAUAUGAUUAUAUAUCUAUAAGAAUAUAUAUAUAUUUACACAAAUAUAUAUAUAUAUAUAAUGUCAAUGUAUAAAAGAUUUUCUUUCGAUAUUUAUUACUGUGAACAUGGUAUUUACACUUUGUUACAUCUUUUCUUUUCGAGACAAAGGUUAAUGUAUCGAGGACCAGUGGUUGAAAACACGAGGCCGAAUUUUUGAUGGACUGUUUCACUAUUUAACUUAAUUCUUUUCUAUAUGGAGAAAUAAAAGCUUGAUUUAUUGCUGACAUCUUUAA